UUUUUUUACCCAUUAACAUCAAUGUAGAUUAUGCACAUUUGUUUUUUCUUUUAUUAUUCAUUAUUCAAUAUGGCUUGGAUGUGUUCAGCUAAAACAAAUGAAGCACUCAUUAAAAACUUGCAUCAAGCAAACAUAUUAAAAAAUGAAAGAGUCAUUCAAGCAAUGAAAACCAUUGACAGAAAGGAUUAUUGUCCAAGAUAUGCAUAUGAUGAUAGUCCACAAUCUAUUGGUUAUGGUGCAACAAUAUCUGCCCCACAUAUGCAUGGUUAUGCUUUAGAAUAUUUGGAACCUUAUCUUAAACCAGGAAUGAAAGCUUUGGAUAUCGGUUCUGGAUCUGGCUAUUUAUCUGCCUGUAUGAUGCAAAUGGUUGAAUCCAAUGAUGGCAAAGUUAUCGGAAUUGAACAUAUAAAAGAGUUGGUAGAUUCUUCUAUAAGAAAUGUACAAAAGAGCCAUCCAGAAUGGAUUCAUAAUGAACAGUUGAAAUUCAUUGAAGGUGAUGGAAGGCUUGGAUAUGAGCCAGAAGGACCUUAUGAUUGCAUUCAUGUAGGAGCAGCAGCACCUUCGACACCCGAGAAUUUAUUAAAACAAUUGAAAUCACCUGGAAGAUUAUUUAUACCUGUUGGAACCGACACACAAUGGGUUAUGAUAUAUGAUAAAGAUGAUAAAGGAAAUAUACAUGAAAAGAAAUGGAUUGGAGUACAAUAUGUACCUUUGACAGAUGUAAAAUAUCAAAAGACUACAUUGUAUGGAUAAUAAACUGGUAGUUGCUACUGUUGCUCAUCAUCGAAUAUUGAACCCAGUUUUUCUAUUUUUUUUCUUUUCUUUUCUUUUCUUUUCUUUUUUUUUUUUUUUUUUUUUUUUUU